AUGGCAUCCCUUAACCUUUCAUCCAAUGGGCCUUCAAUAGUAAAGAGCUAUCAAGCUGUUGUCAACUCUUCCCCACCCACAAACUCUUCUUCGCCUACAUAUGGACAAUGGGCAGUGUUUUCAGUUUCAGCACCGCUUGUUAGUGCUUUUCAGCAAGACACGGGCAGCAAGGAGAGCGUUCUAAAGGUCCAGAGCACCGGAGAUGGUGAACUUGCCGAUCUUAUUGACGAAUUCUCCGAAGGAAAGAUGCAAUUCGCCUUUGUUAAGGUCACCGACCCAAAUACUGGACUUCCCAAGAGUGUGCUUAUUGCAUGGUGUGGGGAGGGCGUUCCCGAACGGACGAAGGGUUAUUUUACUAGUCACCUAUCUGCGGUCUCAAAAUUGUUACAUGGUUACCAUGUUCAAAUCACUGCACGUGCGGACGGGGACUUGACUGCAGAAGGAAUUAUACGGAAAGUUGGGGACGCAUCCGGUGCUAAAUACUCUGCAGGAGCUGGACAGCCGGCCGCCGCUCCUACAAAGCCGCCAAUCUCAUCCAAGCCAGUUUUCACACCAUCGCGGACCGAUGGUAUCAGCUCGAAUGCCACACCAGCUGCUCCCCAGAAACCUCUCCAGAAAGAUACGGACAAUGAUGGCUGGGGCCCAGAUGCCCCUCCAGUCACCAGGACAGAACUUGAAAAGGUGCAGCCGGCCUACCAACCAACCAGGGUUAACAUACAGGCCCUUAGAUCAGGAAAGCCACAUGUAGCAAACAUGCAGGUUCAACAUACCACCGAAGAUCAUAGCGACGUUGUCAAGGGCGGCUAUCAACCAGUGGGCAAAGUAGACAUUGCUGCCAUAAGGAGGCAGGCACGUGAGGCAGGCGAAAUGAAGGAUGACCGGCCGGAACCAGUGAAGGGAGCAUACGAACCAGUUGGCAAGAUUGAUAUUGCUGCUAUUCGAGCCAGGGCUCAAAAACCCAGCGAGUUGAUGGCAGACGAUAGCAAAUUAGCUGCACCAAAUAACGCCGAGAGGCAAGCGGAAUCCGGAAACUACACAAAUCCAGGACACUCCGAGCGUUUAACAAGUCUACCGAAGCCAAAGGUCGCGAAUAAGUUCGGAGCGAACCAGUCGUUCGUUGGGACCAAACCUCCUCUGCCUAGUGGAUCCAUGCCAAAACCAACUUCAGCAGUUGCGCCCGUCGGUAGCGCAAGCAGAACUUUUGCAGAUGAGGGAGGAAAGACUCCCGCACAACUUUGGGCAGAGAGAAAAGCGAAGGAACGGGGACAAGCUACUGCAUCUGAUGUACCACCAUUGGGGCACGAGGAGCCCUCGCUUCAAACACAGCACAGCGGCAGAGCCGAGUGGAAGAGCUCAUACAGCGGUAGAACGUGGACCCCUGUUCAGACCACACACACUGGAAAGUCUCUCGGCAGCAAUACAUCUCACCAGGCUACGGACCCUACUGCAAACGAUGCCACGGCAACAGAGCCUCAAGUCCCCCAAAGUGUCAGUGCUCUUCGAGACCAAUUUGCGGACAAGUCACUUGAUGACUCGGCUCCCGAGGCUAGGUCCGAUGAGCCGUGGGAUACAGGACGUUCUGUACCUCUGCCCGGCUUACCAACGGGACCUGUGCAACCAGAAGCUAGCCAGGAGCCCGAAGCUCACCAAGUGGCUCCGAGCCCUCCUGAGCAGCCUCGGUCCCCUACUCCAACCCCUCCAGUACGGGAAGCAUCGCCUAUCCGUGUUGCCAUGCCUGUUGGACGUGGUGCCACAGAUAUUCAUGAUGACCAGCGCUCGCCACCCGCUGUUUUGCCCACGGAAAGUCUUCGUCAGACGGUGCCGAAAGAUGCAGACCUUGCAGAUGACACGCAAGAUGUCGCCCGGGCAACGGCAGAGGCUACAGUUGGGAGCAACCUCCAGACCAACGGCAUUCAAGCCGUGGUGCAGUACGAUUAUGAAAGAGCGGAAGACAAUGAGAUUGAGCUCAGGGAAGGUGAAUAUGUGACGGAGAUUGAAAUGGUUGACAAGGACUGGUGGUUGGGUUCAAACGCUCGUGGUGAGAGGGGUCUCUUCCCGAGUAACUAUGUUGAGCUACUGGAAGACAAGCCGCAGAAUUCUACCUCGCCGGACUUGCAUGAGCACAAUUUGGACACAAACAUUCAAGAGCCUCAUGCGGAAAUAGUGGCGCCUUUAGCCUCGAGCUCAGCUAAUGGACCCACUGCUACAGCGUUGUAUGAUUAUGAAGCCGCGGAAGACAACGAGCUUAGUUUUCCGGAGGGAGCUGAGAUCACUCAUAUCGAAUUCCCCGACGAUGACUGGUGGUUUGGUAAAUAUCACAAUAAAGAAGGCCUCUUCCCAGCAAAUUAUGUAGAACUUCGAAAGUGA